AUGGGUAUUCCUGGGCUCAUCAAUGCAAUUGGCCCGGGAGAGCGUAUCUCUCUGGCCAAGCUGGCUGUAACCCACCUGGAGCGGACAGCAAGGCCGAUUCGUAUUGCCGUCGACAUCUCAAUUUGGCUGUUUCAAGUGCAAGCAGGUCGGGGCGGGAAAAACCCAGAAUUGCGCACCUUAUUUUUUCGACUAUUGAAAUUACUUGCAUUACCUAUUCACCCACUUUUUGUCUAUGACGGACCGCAAAAACCCGCUUUCAAGAGAGGCAAAGCGGUAUCACCACGUAGUUACGGCAGUGCACCGAUCAUCAGACGCUCCAAGGAACUCAUUGAACGAUUCAGAUUUCCGUGUCACGAUGCCCCGGGAGAGGCAGAAGCUGAAUGCGCAAGGCUGCAGCAGGCAGGUAUCGUGGAUGCUGUUAUGAGCAACGAUGUUGAUGCAUUGAUGUUUGGAUCGUCCUUGACAGUCAUGAACUAUUCAAAAGAGAGCGGCACUGGCACUUCUUCUGCCACUCAUGUCACCUGUUAUGCGAUGGGACAAGAUGGACAUCCCUCAAAUAUACCUCUUGACCGACCUGGGAUGAUUCUAUUCGCAAUGCUCAGUGGAGGAGACUAUCUACCAUCUGGUAUUCCGAAAUGUGGCAGUAAGCUCGCUGCGGAAAUUGCCAAGGCUGGAUUCGGUGAAGGUUUACAAACGCUUGCGUCGCAAUCGGAUGUGGACACUGGAUUGCAAGAGUGGAGAGAACGACUCCAAUGUGAACUUUCAGAGAACAUCAACGGCUACUUUGCGACAAAACAUCGGGCAGUUAAAAUCCCAGAUUCGUUCCCAGAUCGAACAAUUCUCGAGUAUUAUGUCCGGCCGAAAGUUUCCAGCGACGAAGAAAUGUCCAAGUUGAAGACAAAGCUCAAAGAUGCCUGGGACAGGGAUAUCGAUCCCAUGGCGAUCAGAACAUUUGCUGCAGACCAUUUCGAAUGGAAGUAUCAAUCGGGGGCAAAGAAAUUGAUCAAAUUGCUGGCUGAGCCUCUUGUCUCGUACAGACUGCGUCUCCAAAGACCUGUUCUAGGCGUUCCUCCUGGGUUUUCCUUUGUACCCGAUCUUCCACCCACCAUGCAAAAGGUGUAUCGAACCAGAACAAGCUUCGGCAAAGAUGCAAUGCCAGAACUCCAGCUAGAUAUGCUACCCGCAGAUAUUGUUGGGUUGGAUUUCCUCGCUGAAAAAUCAAACCCACCGCUUCCGACGCAUGACACAAUGGCAACUCAGACACAGGAGGGCGAGGAAGAGGACGACGCAGAGAUAGCUGCUGGAUCACCUACUCCAACGCCAUCGAAAACUCGGGUAGCAAACCGAUUUGAUCCUCUCUCUAUCGAAAAAUUUUGGGUUUUUGAGACUGUGGUAAAGCUCGGUGCCCCUGCACUCGUGGAAAAGUGGGAGAAAGAGCUGGCUGAAAAAGCCGAGAAAGCCGAGAAAGCCGCACAAGCCGCGGCCAAGAAGAAGACCAGUACUCGACGCACUGCUCCCAGGAAAAAGGGGCAGAUAGAUGCGGGUAUGAAAAGGGGAAGCAUCCUGAAAUACGGUACUCUGACGAAAGAGAAGCCAGAAAUUCCAGCAAGUAAACAGGCGCACUUGUUGGAAGCCGCUACUUCUAAUCAUUCAAGCAACCCUCUCUCGCGGCUUGUUUCAGGUUCUGGUUCUACUUCGCCAAUAUUUGUGGAUCAGGAGGACGAUCCCUUCUCCUCGCCGAGCAUGUAUGAUCAGCAGAGACCCUCACCAACUAUGCAUCGCAUCUCCAGAGAGAUUGACGAUCUUCUCGAACCCUUCUCUUCGAUGUGCAGCUUAUCUCCUUCUGCCAAUAUCAAACGUCACCCAGUGGCGAAUCAGCCCCGCGUUAGAUCAAGGCGCACAGCUUUGGGUACUGGUGGAUUUGAUAUUGAAGAAUCGGAUGCACUGGAUAUGGAUAUCGGAUACUCUCCAUCUCGUCCGGAGACCCCUCAAGGACUCAGGAUCAGCUACUCAGUCUCCGACGUCUAUAAGGCCGAAGGUUAUUCAGAGAAGCUUUUAGCAAAAAGUUUGGUAACCCUGCCCUCUCCGUUCAGAAAGACUCAAUCCAAGCCAAAGAAAAUCCCCAGGAGGCAAUGCGAAGAGGGACGCGAGGUCGAGUAUAUCGAAAAAGCCAUCGAGUCCCUUGACCUGACAUGCGAAUCCGCCACUAGCCGAUAUGAAGAACUGGCGACUCGCUCAUUAUGUCAACCCUCAACGAAGAAGCCACCGCCAUCACCAAAAGCCCGGACUCGUUCCUUCAAGGCCGAGGUCAUCAGACCAUCCAAGUCUACUGGACAAGCAAAUCCCAAUCCCGGGCCCAAGCCCAAGCAUGGUGUGCCGUUGAGCACGAGGACCUGCGAAAAUAAUGACAUCAACGAAGUACAUAAGUCUCCCAAGAAGUCAAAGGAGACGAAGAACAAAUCCCCAAAACCUAAGACCCCGGAAUACUUGGAGAAUAUUGUUUUGCAUGAUGGUUUUUGGUCCAUCGAGGAGUCUUCUGAACAAGAUUCUGGCCAAGUGUCGAAUGUCGAUAGCCGGCGUGCAGUUCACAAGCAAAGCCAAACCGGCAAGAAGAAACGGAUAUCUCGUGUCAGUAUCCUCGACCUCAGUUAA